GGGAGUAAUUUAUAUUUAUAUUACUAAUAAACAAACAAAACAUAACAAUGUUAUUUACAUAAAGUUCGUGGAUAGAUAAAAUAAAAUAAAAUUCUGACGAGAAAUCCAUGGCCGCAGCUUUAGCAACUGUAGCUAUGGUAGCGCUUUCGAUCGCCGUGGCUGCUCUCUACUCGAGAAUUCUCUCGACUUCACGCCUUGCUGAUCCACUCCCACUGAAUUUUCCUCGUCCGCCAUCAAUCCACGAUUUUCCAGAGGCCAGGGACGAGAUGGAGCGAAUGGAACGCAUCGGAGAAGGCUUGAUUCCAGGAGCCGAGGACUUUGCUGUCGACCAAGAUGAAAGAUACCUCUACGCAGCUUGCAGCGAUGGCUGGAUUCGUCAGAUUGAUCUGGUCGAUCACAGCGUCAAGAACUGGAGCUACGUCGGAGGAAGGCCGCUUGGAAUUGCUGCUGGUUUGUCCAAGGAUGAAAUGCUCGUCUGCGAGCCACAGAUGGGACUGCUCAGUGUCACCGAGAAUGGAGUCCGAGUUCUUUCCGGCCAAGCAGACGGCCUCAGCUACAAGUCCGUUAAGUUGCUUUCGCUACCACUGAUCGAUCUUCUUCUGUUUUGUUCUUCAAGGUUGGCCGACGGACUGGAUGUUGCUCGAGACGGGACCGUCUACUUCACGGAUGCAAGCACCAGCUAUGGCUUGCACGACUUUGAUCUCGACUUGCUCGAAGGCCGUCCAUAUGGUCGACUCUUGGAAUACCGUCCUCGCACGAACCAGACCACGGUGCUGCUGAGAAGCUUGUUCUUCCCCAAUGGAGUCGCUCUCUCCGAAAACGAAGACUUCCUCGUCUUCUGUGAGACUUCCCAAGCAAGAUUGCAGCGGUACUGGCUUCGAGGAGAUAAAGCUGGAACAGCUGAAGUUUACGUUGACAAUCUUCCGGGACUUCCUGAUAAUGUGCACCGUUUUGGAAACCAUUUCUGGAUAGCUCUUCUUGGAGGACGCUCUUUCUUGUGGGAACAAGCCCUGAAAUUUCCACUUGUCAAACACAUUCUUGGAAGCCAGAGGUUGCUACUACAUUACCUGCACACUUCUUAUUCCAGAGUAUUGACUGUCGACGAAGACGGCAAGCCUUUGGACAUGUAUGAGUCGCUCCAGAGCGAGUCCAUAGGAUUCAUGACCACAGGAAUGCGCGUUGGAAACUUUCUCUACCUCGGCAGCCUUUCAGCGAACUACAUAGGCAGAAUUCCCGUCCAAGAAUAAGACGUCCUCAAGCUACAACAAAAGACAUGGAAAGUAUUAAGAACGGAACAUGGAAAAUUGAAAACUA